AUGACUGAAGAAAAUUUACUUUAUGCUGCAGAUUACUUUGCCUUUUUAGGUAAAAAGAUCUCAGAUCAUGAAAUUUAAUCAAUGCUACCCUUUUUUGAUUGUGAAGAACCUGGUCAUUAGGGAAAUGCUUUGGAUUAGGUUUGUCUAGAUUCUGAAUGCAAGUAUAAAGGACUAUGUUGUGUGAGGUGUCAAUAUCAAAAACAUAGAUUUCAUCCUAACUCUGUAUAUCCUUUACAUACAUUUGUUUCAUAAUUGAUUAAUCAACUCUCUAGUAGAAAGAUUAUUUUAGAAGAAUAAAGAAAAAAAUGUAACCUAUAUCGAGAUGUUGUUAUUUCAAUAUUGAGAGAUUACUUAAAUAGCAUUAUUGAACAUAUGUCUUUAUUAGUAGCAUCAUUGCAUAAAUAUUUUACAAGUUUUGAAAAUGCAUUUGAAACAACUAUAAUAAAAAGUCAUAUAAUUGCACAUUCAUUAAUUUAUAAGAAACAUAUACCUAAAGAUAAAUUUGAAAAAUUUGUAAGAGAAGGAAUAAAAGGAGUUUCUUUUUAAAAUUAAGAACCUAAGAAAUCAGUUUCAAAUGAUUAUUAUAUUUUAAAUUAAAGUAAACCUACUAGAUUAGAAGAAAAGUUAAAAUAAGAAUACGGAAACAUUAUUAUCAAUGAAUAGGAAAAAGCUUUUGAAAUGACUUAAGAUUAUAUUGAUAUUAUGUAAAGUGUUGCUUAAAAGUUAUAAACAAUUUUAAAAAAGUCAUAAGAUUAUUUGGCAGUUGAAGUUGAUUUAAAUAAAUUAUCUCCAAGAAUACCUAAAUUUGAAUUGGCAUAACUCUAAGAAUUUGAUUAAAAAUUUAAAAAACAAUUUUAAAUAGAUGGUGCAUUUAGUAUUUUUAAAGGAAUACCUCCUCCUGCUCCUUAAAAAAAAGAAUAAGAAUAAAUGGUCAAAUUAAAUACUUCUGCAAUUCCUACUUUAAAUGAUUAUUUACAUAAAGAGUCACAAAAUACAAUUAUAGAUCCUUCUAGAUAAAAAUGCAUCUUGGGUAUGUUAUUUGAAACUUUAAGCAAUUGUUCAAUAUUAAAAUUAGGUAGUGUAAAAUCUACUUAAUCAGAAGUCAGUUGUUUUGUUCCAUUAAAUUCAGAUUUAAUAGCUAUAGCGUAUUAUUAUAAUUAAAUUUAGAGCUCGAUUUAAUCCUUAUAUUGAAAUAUAUAGAAUUUAAGAUAAGAAAAUUAUCUAAAAGAUUGACACUAAAAGUUAAUAAGGAGUGAAAUGCUUAUUAGCAAUGAGUAAACCAUUAUUAUAUACUAAUACAUCUGCUGAAAGUGAGAUAACAUUGGUAGUUGGUUAAUAUUAUGAUUCUGGAUAAUUAUUGUCUUAUUAAUUAUAGAUCUUUAGAAAUGAAGGGCGAUACACUAUUAAUUCUUAAUCAGCAGGUUAAUUUCAUAAACCUGAUUAAUCAUCUGCAGCCACUUGUUUUGCUGAAUUAUAUUCAGGUGAGUUUUUUGUAGCAGGAUAUUCUACUGGUAGUGUUUCAAUAUAUCAUAUUUAGAAUCCUUAGGCUUUACAUGGUAUAUAGAAUAAAUUUAAUAGUUCUGAAUUUUCUUUAUGAAAAACCAGUAUAAGGUAUUAGUAUUGUGGAACCAGGGAAAUUGUUUAUGUCAUUUUCAUAAGAUAAAAGCAGAUUACAUAUGAUAAAUAGUAUAAAUUCUGAGAGAGUUGUACAUAAUGUGUCUUAAGUUAAAAUGUUAGCUAAUAAUACAUUUUAAAUAAUAAGUACAGAUGCAUUAAAUGAUGAUAAAAGCACAUUAAAAUUAAUUCAUUUUGUUUGUGGAGAAUAGUAUUAAAUUAAAUUAUAUUAAGAAAAGAAUAUCAUGGAGGUGAUUAGAAAGAGUAAGGAUUAAGAUUUUUAAGAAUGAUGAAAGAUGAUUCCAAAUUGUCUUUGGUUGAAGAAGGAAGCAUAUCAAAUUUUAGAGAUUUAGGAGUUUAAAAUUCUGUUAAAGAUCUGAUUAUUUUAGAACCUAGAAAGAAAAUGAGCAAAAUUUGGGUAUUGGCUGUAGGAGAGAAUAAUAAAUUGUAAUUGUGGGAAGUGAGAAGAGCUAUGAGUUAAGUAAGAAUAUAAUUAAAAAUUAAAUAGAAUAUCAAAUUAUGGGAAAAAGAUCUAGAAGAUUUCUUAAAACCAAUAAAUCAUAGUAUAAUUAAAGGGAAAAUGAUUGCAGAAAGUCAAGAAUAUACAACGUUAAAAUAUUUUGAUGUAGGACCAAAAGUAAACAUUUUAAGGGUUACUGAGAAUCCAUAAAAUGGUAGAUUUAAUAUUUUAAUCGGAAUCAUAAAUCACGAAAGCAAAACAGAUGUAGAUAUAUUUGAUGUAGAACUCAUGAGUUAUUGA